CAGAUUGCUGAGGUGUUGCCCAAGGAGAUGCAGGGAGUGCUGGCCUGCUGCAACCCCAUCCCGCCCCUUGUCAAGACGGAGCUGCUCACAAUGCACACCAUCAUCAGAGCAGCGAGGGAACAGAAGCUCCUGCCGGUCCUGGAGGAGUCGGUGGAGCAGCAGCUUCCGCAAGUCCAGCUGCAGAUGGAGGAGCUGAACACAGGCCUGGUGAUCAGCAAGCACGACCUGUCCACAGUGGAGGAGAACCCGACCGACCUGCCCACCCUCCUGAACCCUAGGGAGACCUUGCUCGGUGAUCUCUUUUCGCAGCCCAGGAUAGACGUCAGAGUGAAGGAGAAGUCCAGGAUGUUCGGCUGCGUGACGGCCCAUUUAAAGCACAAGGACAGCUUGCACCGGGAAAUAACAAAGGAGUUUAUGAGUCCGUACGAGAGAUACACAGCUUACCAGGACCUUAAGCCCCACUUGGACGGAGAGCGGAAGAAGCGAGAAGAGCCGGUCGACGAGGCGCACAUUGCUCGGGUCAAAAAGCAUUUCCUGUGCUUAAGCAACAACACCCCACAAGAGAAAUCCGAGGAGGAGGCACAGGUCGUCCACAAGCCGAAGAGACCCCGCCCAGCGAAGGAACAGAAGAAGAUAGAAAUGAACACCCCAAUACUCUUACGGGACGAGAUCAAGGAAAUGAGAGCGACGAACAGCGCGGCAAAACGCUCGGCGGAGAAUGAAGGCGAAGCAGCGGACGGCCAGAAUGACGAGUCGCCAAGCAAGAGGCUGAAGGCAGACGAGGCAGAUGGAAAGUCUAAAGAGGGAGGGAAGGAAAGGAAAGAGGAUAAGAAGGUGGAGGAUGAGGGAAAGGAGAAGAAGAAGGAAGAGGAGGAAAAGGAAAAGGGAGAAGAGGAGGAGGAAGGGGCGUGUACGGACUCGGAGAUGGAGGAGAAAUUAGCCGCAGAGGGGGCAUCUUCGGAGGGAGGGGGCGAGGGACAUCCCAUGCCCUUCGACUACGAUAAGGCUGAUUACAGCAUAUUCGAGGGCAAGGUCGGCAAGAAGUUCAAAUCCAAACAACAGUACCAGCAGAAGUUUGGAGGGAGGGGCCAAAGGGGUAGAGGCUUCAAGUCGAACAUGAAGAGCUUUUCUUUCGGAAGAGGGAAGGCAGGCAGGGGAGGCUCGCGUCGAUAAUUGUGAAUAAUAUUUUGUCUAUGUCUAUGUUAUCUGUGAGCAAUAAUGUACUAUAUAUUAGGGUAUGUGUUUCUAAAGGUAUUGUAAGACCAGUUGCUCAAAAAAUGGUUUUAUUAAAUAUUUUGUUAGUUUAGACUUUCAUGUAUUAUAUAGAUGUCAAUAUAUUCAUCUUCAUGCACAAGAGUCAUAAAAUAUGUAUGUCAUAUGAUAUAGCAUUGAUUAUGUUGUAGAUGAAAGUUUAAAAUUACAUAACAUUUAAUAGGUGUAUUUUCAGGUCAUUGGCCUGAAAACACCUUUGGACUCACAUGCCUUCGUAUGUUUUAAUUCUUGUCUGAGGAGCCUCCUUUGUAAACAGGAAAAUAUAUAUAUACAAAAAUGGACGAGGUUUUAUAAAUGAGUAGGAACCUAAAUCUUUUGUAUCAUACUAAUUUUGUAUUAAUUCUUUGUGCAUAUAUGUACAGAGUGAUGUCUGUGACUCACUCCCAUUUUUAUAGUAUGCUGUUUUGAGGGACCACUAAGCUUCAUUUAAAAAGGGAGAGAGCAAAAGGGUGUGCGAUUGCAUGCAGGAGAGUGAAAGCGAGAAUGAGAGUUAGGGUGAAUUUGUGCAUGAGCAUGAUGUGGGAAUUUUCUGCCUAAUAAACUUGAUGGGAGAAAUAGUUACAUCUGAAAGAGUAAUAGGGGUUUUCCUCACCCUCAUCUUGAUAAGUUCCUCACAAGGGUCAUAUUGCCUUACAGAUAAGUCAUUGAAGGUGAAAAGGAUAGUGUAAGGGUGAGACUGUUAAUGUGAAAUCAACAGAACUUAUUGCUUAUGAUUUUGUAAUACUAUCCUCAAAAUCAGUAAUAUUGACCCCUUGAAGUUCAGAUGAUUAUUUAUUAUUCCAUAUAUUGAGGUUUUUCUCGGAUGCAUUGUGGAAAUCCCUUUACUAAGUAUAGUGAAAAAGACAACAUUACCAAGUGGGUUUGUGUUUACUCCUAAUACCACUUGUGAUUAUCCUCGCCUCAUAAAACCCAAGUGGAUUUUGCUCACUUUUCAUAGUACAAAGUGAGUUUUUAAUUGCCUCAGUGUGAAUUGGAUGUGUGUUCCCUUCACAGUACAAAAGUUCAGGUUUCAAGCCUGUAUUCAUUUUCAUUCAUUCAUGCCUUUUCUUCAUUUGAUCAGAGAACUCUGUUUAAGCCAUCAAACUUAACCAUAGUGCAUGUAAAAAUGGGCAUCCAGAUGGGCAACAGUGCCAAGUCAGGGGCAUCUCACAAACAAAAACAUAAAUUGGCUAAGGUAAGGCCAUGGUAACAAACACCACCAUUUUCUGAAGUGAAUUUUAAAACAAAGUAUCAGAGAGCAUUGAGAGGUUCCUUUAUCAUGCAAUAGACACCUACUAAAGGUGAUAUGAUCUUGUAGAUGUGCGUGUAUAUGUAUAUUUUUUUUAUGUAGUAUCAGUUCAGAAAUAAAUCCAGUGCCACGA